CUGCUCCAGUAAAGAUGGCUGAGAGACAAAGCAGGAAACGACUGGGUUCCUCCUCCUCAGGGUCCUCGGCUGCAGCGAGCUCGUCCACUGAGCUGCCUGACAGUUCACAGAGCAGAGGGACCAAAUCACCACUUUCCAGUUUGUCAUUGAAAAGUGAUGCAUCCAAGUUUCUGCCACCUGUCUUCAGUAAUGAAAAUCCCCAAAGUUCACAGAGCAGAGGGACCAAAUCACCACUUUCCAGUUUGUCAUUGAAAAGUGAUGCAUCCAAGUUUCUGCCACCUGUCUUCAGUAAUGAAAAUCCCCAAAGCCAAAAAACUCUCUGUUCAGCAUGCGAAGAAGAGUCGGAAGAUCUUGUCCAGUCCUCCUGUGGACACUUGUCAUGCAGAGGUUGUAUAAAUUCAGACUUGAAUGAGUCUGAGUCACCAUCAAACUACGAGUGCACAAAAUGUGGAAAGAAACAAAAAAAAUCAUCAGAUGAUGACCACYUUUUAAAAGUAAAGAAUACCCUGAAAAAUGAAAUGCGACAGAAAUAUUCUGUGACGUCUGAAGGUAACGGMGACCAACAAACAUCACUGGAAACCRUCUACACAACUCUCUACAUCACAGCUCCAGAUAGUAAAGGACCAAAUGGAGAACAUGAGUUCAGRCACCUCAGAAGUAAAGUUACUAAGCAGUUAUCAGAAUAUGACUCAGUAAAUCUCAGAGACAUCUUCAAAUCUUUGUCUGGUGAAGAAAAACCCAACAGAACAGUUAUCACCAAAGGRGUGGCUGGCAUCGGGAAAUCCUUCACUGUGCAGAAAUUCUGUCUGGACUGGGCUGAAGAGGAAUCAAACAAAGAUGUUGAUUUUGUUUUCAAUCUUCCAUUUCGAGUGUUGAAUUUGAGUAAAGGUGAGAAGAGCCUACAUGAUCUGCUGAGUGAGUUCCACCCUGCACUCCGGACUCUGAAAGACUCAGAAGCUUACACUAAAACAAAGAUAAUACUGAUCCUGGAUGGUCUGGAUGAAAGCAGACUUCAAMUGGACUUCAAUAACCUGAAGACAGUGAGGUCUCUGAAGCACAUAACAUCUGUAGGUAAUCUCCUAGUAAACCUGAUUCAGGGUCACCUCCUUCCUGAGGCAAAACUCUGGAUAACUUCUCGUCCAGCAGCAGCCAAUCAGAUCCCUGCAGAGUUUAUCGACAUGGUGACAGAGAUAAGAGGGUUCACUGACCCACAGAAGGAGGAAUACUUCCGGAGAAGGUUUAGUAAAGACCCAGGUCUCGCUGGCAGAAUAACAUCCCACAUUCAGUCCUCACAGAGUCUGGACAUCAUGUGCCAGAUCCCCAUCUUYUGCUGGAUCUCUGCCGUCUUGUUUCAGGAGGUCUUUGGAGGCGAGGAAGAGACUGAAACCCCUCAAACUCUGACAGAGAUGAUGGCUCACUUCCUGUUUGUCCAGACAAAACUCAGGAACAGGAAGUAUGAGAAGGAAAAGAAACUCAAAGAGAAUCUUUUUCAAACCCACAGAGAGUUUCUUCUGAAACUAGGAAAGCUGGCAUUUUUCCACCUUUUGGAAAAUAAACUCAUCUUCUAUAAAGAAGAUCUAGAGGAURGUGGCAUUGAUGUCAAAGAAGCAGCUGUGUCCUCUGGUUUUUGGAACAUGGUUCUCAAAGAAGAAGAAGUCUUCUCUCAGAGAAACAYCUUUUUCUUUGUGCAUCUGACUCURCAAGAGUUCUUUGCAGCUCUCUACAUCUACGAUUGUUUCAUAACAAAGACAACAAAAGACCUUGGAAACUUCCUUAAUUUGGAGAACAAAGAUUUUUCUUUAUCUGAUCUUCUGAAGAAGACAGUUGACAUGGUGUUUGAGAAGAAAAAAUUUCACCUGGACUUUUUCUUGCGAUUCCUCCUUGGMCUGACGGUUGAAUCCAACCGCAGAGUCCUCCAGGGUCUGUUGAGACCACCAGAGCCGGUUGAAGAUACAGACAAGAAAAUCUUGACUUACCUUAGAUCCAUCCGAGGAAAGACCUUGUCUCCAGACAGCUGCAUCAAYAUCUUCCAGACCAUGGUUGAAAUGAGAGACCACAAAGUGAAGGRUGAGAUCCAGGAGUAUCUGAAAAUGUCUGAUCGUUCAAAGACAGAACUGAAUCCCCUGCACUGCUCGGCUCUGGCCUAUAUGCUGCAGGUGUCCAAGGAUCAACUGGAAGAGUUGGAUCUGAAGAGUUACAACACAACAGAUGAGGGCAGGAGGAGGCUGAUACCAGCUGUGAGGAGCAGCAAGAAAGCUGUGUUAAAGGACUGCAAGAUGACUCUAGAGUGGGUUGAACAUCUGGCCUUCGGUCUGAAGUUCCCCUCAUCACCUCUGCAAGAUCUCGACUUGAGCAACAAUGAUCUCAGAGACACGGGAGUGGAGAAGCUCUGUGAAGGACUGUCAAGUAAAAACUGCAGACUCAAAACACUGAGGUUGUCUGGUUGCCUUGUCACAAAGGCUGGUUGUGCCUUUCUGGCCUCAGCUCUGAAGUCCAACCCCUCCCACCUGAUAGAACUGGACCUGAGUUACAACCAUCCAGAAAAAUCAGGAGAGGAGCUACUGUCUAAACUGAAAGAGGAUGAACAAUACAAACUCAGUAAAYUAAACUUUGACAAUGGUGGAAGUCAGCGAAUGAGACCAGGAUUAAAAAAAUAUGCACAUGAGCUCACUCUGGACCCCARCACGGCACACAGGAACCUGCUUCUGUCUGACAGCAACAGAAAGGUGACCUGGGUGAAGGAAGAACAACAGUAUCCGGAUMACUCAGAAAGGUUUGACCACGUCCUGCAGGUUCUGUGUGAGCAGGGUUUCACAGAGCGCUGCUACUUCGAGGUGGAGACAGUGGAGCCCUCCAGCAUCGGGUUGUCUUACAGAAGCAUCAGCAGGAAGGGGAACGAGGCCGACUGCACGCUGGGACAGAACAAUAAGUCCUGGUGCAUGACCUGUUCUUGCUGUGUACAAAACAAAAAUGAAAGUAUCAGUGUGCCUAACCUGAGGUCCAGUCGUGUUGGAGUGUAUCUGGAUUGGGAAGCUGCCUCCAUUUCCUUCUACAGAGUUUCUAAUGAAAGCAGCACUCGACUSUACACCUGCAGACCAGGAGGGUUCAGUGAGGCCCUCUACCCUGUCGUUGGACUCCAACCCAACACCUCUGCUCUGUUCUGUCAGAUUAAAUAACUGCAGAUACUCAAACAGACCAAGCUGUAGAUUAGCUUAGUUGGAUCAUGUCCUACAGUAUAAAGGAGCUUUUCUUAUUA